CGGAAGGGAGCGGAGGCGUCAAGACGAACAAGACAAGCUAACAACAUGGCGUUGGGAGAUGCUUGGAAACAAAUAUCUUGGUUUUACUACCAGUAUCUUCUUGUCACUGCACUGUACAUGUUGGAGCCUUGGGAGCGAACCGUCUUCAAUUCUCUCCUGAUAUCUGUAGCAGCCAUGGCGGUAUACACUGGCUUCGUGUUUAUGCCGCAGCACAUCAUGGCCAUUUUACACUACUUCGAAGUGAUCCAAUGACCAGCUCUCCAACCCUUCAGGCUGCCACGUGGUUUCCCCUGGUGGUUUGAAACAGUUCUCCUGUAAGGCCUUUUUCUCUUUGCCUUUGCCUACUGGAAUCACAAAGCAUUUGGUGACCUGAAACUGGGGAAUUCCGAUGACGCAGGCAGAGGAAUCAUAUAAACCAGUCCACGUCUGUGGCUAUGAGCCCUGUAUAAGUGCACAGCCUCGAAGACUCUAAGCUCAUACUGCCCUGUUAGUAAAUGGUAUAUACAUUGUAUAUAUAAUGCUGCAGUUUUUAUAAUACUACUAUUUUUUUUUUUUGCUUUGAGGGCAGUGGUUUAUUGAGAACAUUAAAUAUUUUGUGAUAAUAAAUGUGUAUAUUUCAGUGUAUACAUAUUUGUAACUGUUUUAUAAAAAUUUAUUUUGACUGGUGAUUAAAUGAUUUUGUUUGCCACAGUUGAGCAUUGUAUACACUGUAUGCAUUGUAUAGAAUUUGUUUCCUUUUUCUCGAUGACCUUCUGUGUGAGCCGAUGCAGAGUUCUGCCUGUACAGUAAAUUGAUUCAGGCUGCUAUUUUAAAACUAAACUGGAUAGUAACCCUCUGGUUCCUUCUCCAUAUUAUUAAAAAAAAACUAACCCAGUAAAAA